AUGUCCCCUGAGGACAAUUUGAUCCGCUGGGGACUUUUUGAUCCUCUUAGGGACAUUUUGAUCCGCGGAUCAAAAUGUCCCCGGAUCAAAAUGUCACCUUACCGUUUAUACUUUAUAGGGUAUUUCCAUUUAAGUAUAGUCGAACCUUCUUACUAUCAAGGUUCAUGUUUAAAUGGUGGAUAUAUUAUUAAGAAAUCGUUAAAAUGCAUUUGUCCUCCUGGUUUUAAAGGACAAUUUUGUGAGACAGGCUGUGGGGUUAAUUCCUAUGGAUCCGACUGUAAAGGAGUAUGUUCUAUACAGUCUGAUAAAAUGUGUCGUGGUAUGUUUAUGUGUACAAGUUAUGGAUGUACAUGCCCGACGGGACUAACCGGUCCAUCGUGUAACGAAGACUGUACAAUGGGUACAUAUGGAGCUGAUUGUAAACAGACUUGUUCCAAGCAUUGUCUUAAUAAUAUGUGUGAUCAGUAUACAGGUGUCUGCUUAAAUGGUUGUUCAGUCGGAUAUAUACUACCAUAUUGCAGAAAAAAUUAA